AUGUCGCGCCACAACAGCGUCGACCUGGACUCUCCCGACCGGCCCUUUGACAACAUCAUCAACUUCCGCGACGUCGGCCGCUCAAUUAAUCAAUUCUGUCGCAAAGAAAUUCUUAAGGAAGGCGUGUUCUUUCGCAGCGCGAGGCUCGACGAUGCAUCAGAACGAGAUAAAAAGCGACUAGCCGAUGAAUUGCAUAUCCACACCGUUAUUGAUUUACGGUCACAAACAGAACACCAAAUGGGCACGCGAAAACGACGCGCUGAAAUAGCCAAGUCAGAAUCCGAACAGGAAAUCUCCGAAUCAGAUCUCACAACUGCCCCAGUCCCCACGAAUCCCGACGAGCACCUCCUCCAAAUUCCAGGAUCGGAGCGUGCAUUAAUCAGUCUGACGGGGAAGGGCUUUGAGCGAGCCCUAUUAUCCAAACUUGACUGGUACACUUAUCUAAAAGCAAUCAGCCUCGUAACAACAGGCUACCGCAGCGAUGCAGUGCGACUAAUCUGUCAAACAGCAAUGGUCCCGCGCGGACUAACAGGGCUAGCGCAAGACACGCUGGAAUCCAGCAAGGCAGAAGUACGCGCCGUGUUUGAAAUCCUAGCGAAAGAGGACUCAUACCCCACGCUCGUGCACUGCACGCAAGGCAAAGACCGCACGGGCCUGGUCGUGCUUAUGAUGUUACUUCUCGUCGGGGACGCGGUGCCCACGGCGGCCAUCGUGGAUGAUUACAGUCGCUCGGAACUCGAGCUCGUGCCGGAGUUUGAAGAGCGCAUGAAGGAGAUCCGUGCCAUUGGCCUCGGUGAGGAUUAUACGAGGUGUCCGGCUGGGUUUGUUACGGAUACUACGGAGUAUCUGGAGAAGUUUGGGGGUGUUACGGGGUAUUUGGAGAAGAUUGGGGUAGGGGCUGAGAUGCAGGAGAGGGUUCGGAGGAAGUUUUUGGCGUGA